AGUUCCGGGUCACGGUGUCCGGGAGCUGAUGGUGCUGUUAGAGAGCGACUCGUUCCUAACGGAGCUGACGCGGCUUUUCCAGAAAUGCCGGGGUUCAGGCAGUGUCUAUCUGACCAUGAAGAAAUAUGACGGUCGGACAAAACCAGUGCCGCGGAAGGGAAACCCUGACCCCUUUGAACCCGCUGAAAACAAGUGCCUGCUGCGAGCCACAGACGGCAAGAAGAAGAUCAGCACGGUGAUAAGCUCCAAAGAAGUGAAUAAAUUUCAGAUGGCAUACUCGAACCUGCUGCGAGCCCACAUGGACGGUUUGAAGAAGAAGGACAAGAAGAGCAAAACCAAGAAGACUAAAGCAACUCAGUGAGGGGGACGGUGACACCAGACACCAUGAGCCUCGAUCCCCACACACCUGUGACCAAACCCUUUCUUGGGCAAUUCAAAUGUGCUGCGUUAUACGUUUAAUUUUAUUUGGUGGAAUGGGAGGUGGGGGGGGGGUGGAAUAUCAGAUUGGUUGAUAUUUCUGCCAUUCAGUGACUUCACGGGAGUUGGGUUUAGCCUUGUUCUGGGCUGUGUUAAUCUUUCAUUGAAGGACAAAGCAAAGAGAUGUUUGGGGGAAGUGUAGAAACAUCAGGUUUGUGUUAUGUGUGCAAAUGCAUGUGUUGGUCUGAGAAGGGCCUGUUUUCUGACUAGAUUUGGAAGAUUAAUUUCUGAAUUCUUUUGCAAAUCUGUUCACUGACUCCCAUUAAAGUGCUUCUCAAGCUUCCCCCCCACCC